AAAUUCCACUUGGAAGUUGGAACACGUAUUUCUUCAGAGAGAAAAUGGUUGGACCAGUGAGACCUCAACUUGUAUUGUUUGGUUCUUCCAUAGUUGAGUUAAGUUUUAGCAACGAAGGAUGGGGUGCUACUCUUGCUACCUUAUAUGCUCGUAAGGCAGAUAUAUUUUUGCGAGGAUACUCCGGCUGGAAUUCCAGGCGUGCUCUGCAGGUUUUGGAUCAAAUCUUUCCAAAGGAUGCUCCAAUACAACCUUCAUUGGUGAUUGUCUAUUUUGGUGGUAAUGAUUCAGUGCAUCCUCAUCCAUCUGGCCUAGGCCCUCAUGUACCACUUCCUGAGUAUAUUGAAAAUAUGAGGAAGAUAGCCAUGCAUCUAAAGACCCUUUCAGAGAAGACUCGCCUUAUCUUUCUUAGUGCUCCUCCUGUCAACGAGGAACAAAUUCGCGAAGCAUUAAGUGAUAAAUUGGGAAAGCCGAAUCGGACAAAUGAGUCGUGCAGAAUAUAUUCAGAAGCUUGUUUAGAGCUGUGUAGGGACUUGGACAUUAAGGCCAUUGAUCUAUGGACUGCUAUUCAGAAAAGGGAUGAUUGGUUGACAGAAUGCUUUACGGAUGGAAUUCAUUUAUCGUCUGAGGGGAGCAAGAUUGUAGUAAAGGAAAUAACGAAGUUCCUAACGGAAGCAGAAUGGGAACCAAGUCUACACUGGAAGUCAUUGCCUGCUGAAUUUGGAGAGGAUUCUCCCUAUGAUCCAGUCAGUCCUGAUGGCAAGGCCACUGUGAAUGUCUCUGAGCUCUGCUUCGGCAGAAACAUUCAAUGGGAAUAGAAAAUUAAUAAAUUGAUAAACCUAAUGAAUACUAAGCCUCAGAGCAUGAGCAGAAUUAUUAAUCGUCUUUCGUUAAAGCAUAUAUACAAGUUCUUUGGUCACAACCUGGCACUUGCUUGGUGUGGCUAUUGUGCUUUUCAUUUUCUGCAAACAAUUCGGUUGCUUCUCAAUGUUAGUUAAAAUAACAAACAGCCGUGAGAUUGAGUUAAAAUAAUAAGUAGUGUGGUUAUUGUGCUUAAAUGGUUCA